UUUAUUUUAUUAUCAACUUGUAAAUCUAGGCACGUAUUUCACAACUAUUAUUCCCACAAUAAUCUGCGCCUCCUGGUAUUAGCCUUACCAUCGGCCUUAAAUUUUGGGCUAUUAGCCAAACCAGUGACGUCAUUUUGUACUUGCAUCAGUCCUUCAAAAAAUUCAAGAGGCAAGACGUGAUUUUGUUUCAGGCUCUGUCAGCCAUUUUGUUAAUGUUUUGGUUAUGCCGUCGUUUUGUGUAAAUUAUUUUGUUACGACGAAUUCUUAUUACAAAUUCUUAAUUCUCUGAAACCUUUCAAUCGCCGAUGACAAUUUAAAGCUUAGAUUUUUAUGGAUUUAAUCGGUUCGUAAUACGGCACAUGUAGCAAUUGCUCGAUCGUGCACGUGUUUUCAAAACAUCCGACGAUUCUUUGUUUUAUCUUACAAAAUUUAUAUGUUUUGAUUUAUUCUUUUUAUUUUUAAUGAGUAAACUAUGCCAAAGAGGAAGGUUCGAGAGGCCCCGCCUGCACCACGUGCAAAGCCGCGCGACCGGAAGCGGGUCGCAACAAACAGCGCUGGCUCGGAUGGUCCACAGCAUAGUGUAAAUCUGGUCGAUCUAUCUGGUCCCCAGCAUAGUGCGAAUCUAGUUGAUUUCCCCACCUCACCUAACCUAAAUAGGGAAACCAUGUCGACCCAAAAGCAACCACCAGCGCUGAACAGGGAGCAGUUGGACGAGGUGACACGGGCAGUCAUUGCCGCCAUGUCUUGUAGAGCAGAGACCUCUCAUCCCCAGAAUAAGAUGACGCAGGAUGCAUCCGCAGAGUAUCCAGAUCAUACAAGAAUCUGGAUUGUUGGGUCAUCCAUCAUUAAACAUGCUUUUUGUCAUGCAAGAAAGUCUUGCCGGGGCACUGAUUUACAGCUAGAUAGACACAAGGCAUCCAUUUUCUGGCAGGGCAAAGGGGGCAUGAGGUGGGGUCAACUUUACUCUAAGAUGAAGACAUUGCUUAAGGUAGAAGAUUUUUGUCAUACAUUGCGGAGGCAAUAAUAUCCCUAUGCAAAUCGGGGCUAAAUCAAUUGAACUGCGAUUUGGUAUUAUCAAAACUUUGGAAAAACUUUCAAGACUGAUGCCAUCCACCACUUUAGUUUGGUCCCAGAUUCUGCCCAGGGGUGUAUGGAGGGGUGGGAGGAACCCAGUAGCUUUAGAAGAGGUUAGGAAGCGAACAAAUAGGGCUGUUGCAUCUGCACUUAAAAGGUUGGGUGGAAAAAAUAAAAUAUCCAGAGCUGCGCAUUGAUAGCCCUGGUUUGUUUGCCACAGACAAGGUACAUCUUUCUGGCCUGGGCAAUGAUUUAUUUCUGUACCGCUUGCAACAAGCACUACAAACAUUCUUGUCCGACCCCACUGUGUUUGCGUCGCCUAGAGUAGGGGAAGAGGGGCCAUGGCUGCGCUAUGACUAAUUGGGUCAUAGUUAGUCACACUUGACGGUGACUUUUUGUUUUUGUUAUUUCACCUAGUCCACUCGGUCUCAGUCAUGAUGACUUGAGAAAAAAAAAUUGUGUGUUUUUUCUUACUCGGUCAAUUUGCAGACCAUAUAACUAUUAAUGAACAGCAUUGUUGUUACUUUAUCAUUUCAAUCAAGGGCACUUUUUUACUCCCAUAACAAGUAGUUGUUUUAUACUUUUAUGCCUUUGGGCUUAAUAUUCCCUGCCCUCAUGCUUUAAUCUCGCUUUUAAAAUUUGCUAUAGCUUAAUGGUAUAUAAUGAUUAAUCUCAACCUAUAGCCCUCGUCCAUGGCCCGGUGUAGCUCUACUGGUGGCGCAGACUAUGCUGUGCAUAGUCUCGUGGCGGCAUUCUGGCUUACCAGUAGUGCUUAUGUCAACAAUAUUAAUUGACAGUUAUUUGCAUUUGUAUAUAUAUUAUGGACUAGGUGAGCAAGCAGUUGAGCAUCUGUUCCCAGGGCUCAAGCUUUUGCUUUGCUUGUUUGUUAGGGAUGCCCUAUAAGGCAAGAAUUGAUGCCUGGCUCCCACAUUUUUAAGCAGCCAUGGCCAAUCAUCGCCAAAUAAACUUAAAAUAAAAUACUGUGUAGUUGUCUUUCAUUGGGCGAUUCCCCAAACUUGUUUUGUUUUCUGUAUUUCGUCUUUGAUAAUAAGAUUUAACUUAUCAGAGUUAAAUCCAUUUAUCAAAGGGAAAUCAUAUUUAGAUUUCAUCAUAUUAACAUUUUAUUUUAUUAUCAACUUGUAAAUCUAGGCACGUAUUUCACAACUAUUAUUCCCACAAUAAUCUGCGCCUCCUGGUAUUAGCCUUACCAUCGGCCUUAAAUUUUGGGCUAUUAGCCAAACCCGUGACGUCAUUUUGUACUUGCAUCAGUCCUUCAAAAAAUUCACCCACCCUCCCAUAUCCCUUAUACCUGCUUGAGUCAAUGCUUUUAUCUAUUAGGCUAUUAGCUGUUUAAUUGAUAUACUGUUAUUAAUUAAUGUACAAUGUUAUUUUUCUUUGCUGCUGUUUUUUCUUUCUGACCAUUGCAGGACAAGCUGAAGCCUGGUUCGUUGUUACUUUGUAUUUGAUGGCCUCCAAUCGUCAUGGCUGCUGACAGAAAUCCCACGCAAUUCCAACAGUGGGCGGCAUUCUGGCUUACCAGUAGUGCUUAUGUCAACAAUAUUAAUUGACAGUUAUUUGCAUUUGUAUAUAUAUUAUGGACUAGGUGAGCAAGCAGUUGAGCAUCUGUUCCCAGGGCUCAAGCUUUUGCUUUGCUUGUUUGUUAGGGAUGCCCUAUAAGGCAAGAAUUGAUGCCUGGCUCCAACAUUUUUAAGAAGCCAUGGCCAAUCAU